CAGUCAGUCAGCCACAGUUGCAGUUGAAUAGGACAUACAAACACAACAUGCUUCUUAUUUGAUCCUCCCUACUAUUCUAUCUAUUGGCAAAAAAAAGGAGUAUGAAGGAUCGGACCAAUGCGCAGCGUGAGACAUGGCUGGCACUUUAAGAUUCCUCCUCAGUGGCUGUCUGCUGCAAGGUGUUCUCUGUGCCGAUUGGACAGCCUUGAUGCCUCAGAGUAUAGAGGCUCUGAAGGGAUCAUGUGUGCGAAUUCCCUGCUCAUUUACACUUGGUUACAUAAAGGCAGUGGACUAUAAUCCCUGCCUAAAAACUCACUCAUGUAAUGCCAUUUGGAUGAGAGGGGGAACAGAUAAGACAAACACAGUAGGCUCCAGUCCAUCUGGGAACUUGAACCAGAAUGACUGUACUACAAUCCUGGACAACAUGCCUACUGGUGACGAGCUUUACUUCAGACUAGAAUGUGGCAACUGUGUCAUGUUUAAUUUUGGCACACCUGUUCAAAUCAAUAUCGCAGACACUCCCCCCACACCCACUCUCACCCCAGCUACAGUGGAAGUGAGGGAGGGGACCUCAGUGAGUUUGAUUUGCUCUGCUACAGCCCCAUGUCCCUCUCUCCACCCAACUCUGACAUGGACCCCCAGUCUGGGUCAAAGUGAGGAGGGAUUACAGGAGAAUCAGGAUAAAACUCAAGUCAAGACCUCUUCUCUGACCUUCACUGCUUCAUACCUCCAUCAUGAACAGAAUAUCUCCUGCACUGCUCUCUACAAACAACAAGAUGGCAAGAGUGUCAAAUCACCUGAAACUAGUCUGACCGUCACGGUUCUAUUUUCUCCCAAGAACACCUCAGUGUCAGUCAGUCCCUCUGGUUCGGUGUUAGAGGGCAGCUCCGUGACCCUGACCUGCAGCGGCAAUGCCAACCCAGCAGUGAGCUACACCUGGUACAGAGUCAAUGGAGUUCAGGUGACAACAGUGGGGUCUAGCAGAAUGCUAACUAUCCAGGUGUCUGCAAACAACAGUCAGUUCUACUGUGAAGCCAGAAAUGACCAUGGAUCCGAGAACUCCUCUGUCAUUCAACUAGAUUUGCCAUAUCCUCCCAUGUAUACCUCAGUGUUAGUCAGUCCCUCUGGUCCAGUGGUAGAGGGCAGCUCUGUGACUCUGACCUGCAGCAGCAAUGCCAACCCUGCAGUGAAGACCUACACCUGGUAUAGAGUCAAUGGAGUUCAGGUGACAUCAAUAGGACAUGGAGAGAAACACCAGACCCAGGUGUACAUAGAUCAAAGAAAGUUCUACUGUGAGGCUAAAAAUGUCCAUGGAACACAGAACGCAUCAGUCUUUGAACUGGAUGUUAUGUACUCCCCAAAGAACACCUCAGUGUCAGGCAGUCCCUCUGGUUCAAUGAUAGAGGGCAGCUCUGUGACUCUGACCUGCAACAGCAAUGCCAACCCAGCAGUGAAGACCUACACCUGGUACACAAUCAGGGGAGGUCGCCAGACACCAGUGAAGAAUAUGCCAGAGCUAACUGUCCAGGUGUUGACAGAUAACAGCAUGUUCUACUGUGAGGCCAAAAAUGACCAUGGAAUCCAGAAAUCAUCUGCCUUUCAACUAGAUAUGAUGUACCCUCCCAAGAACACCUCCGUGUCGGUCAGUCCCUCUGGUUCAGUGUUAGAGGGCAGCUCUGUGACUCUGACCUGCAGCAGCAAUGCCAACCCAGCGGGGACCUACGCCUGGUACAGAGUCAAUGGAGAUCAGGUGACAUCAAUAGGACAUGGAAACAAACAUCAGACCCAGGUGUACACCGAUCACAGACAGUUUUACUGUGGUGCCACAAAUGACCAUGGCACUAAGAACUCAUCAGUCAUUGAACUGGAUGUAUUGUAUCCUCCCAAGAACACCUCAGUGUCAGUCAGUCCCUCUGGUUCAGUGUUAGAGGGCAGCUCUGUGACUCUGACCUGCAGCAGUAAUGCCAACCCAGCAGUGAAAAACUACACCUGGUACAGAGUCAAUGGAGACCAUGUGACACAAAUUGCUCAUGAAAGAGAGUUAAAAACGGAAGCAUCUAUAGACAACCACCAGUUCUACUGUGAGGCCAGAAAUGACCAUGGUACAAAGAACUCAUCAAUCAUUCUACUGAAUGUGCUAUACCCACCAAAAAACAGCUCAGUGUCAGUCAGUCCCUCUAGUUCAGCAAUAGAGGGCAGCUCUGUGACUCUGACCUGCAGCAGCAAUGCCAACCCACCAGUGGGGAGCUACACCUGGUACAGAGUCAAUCAAGAACAGGUCACAGAAGUAGGAUCUAGCAGAAUGCUAACUAUCAAAGUACCAGCAGACAUCAGCCAGUUCUAUUGUGAGACCAGAAAUCGUCUUGGAUCCCAGAACUCAUCUGUCACUCAACUAGAUGGGAUGUAUCCUGCCAAGAACACCUCAUUGUCGGUCAGUCCCUCUGGUUCAGUGGUAGAGGGCAGCUCUGUGACUCUGACCUGCAGCAGCAAUGCCAACCCAGCAGUGAAGACCUACACCUGGUACAGAGUCAAUGGGAGGGAGGGAGUCAUUGUAGGAUCUGGACAGAGCUUCACCUUCAAUAAGAUUGCUAUCAACGAUAGUGGGCGGUACUAUUGCGAAGCAGAGAACAAGCAUGGGGUGGACAACUCAACAACUACUAACAUAGAUGUGACAUACCCACCAAAGAACACCUCAGUAUCAGUCAGUCCCUCUAGUUCAGCAAUAGAGGGCAGCUCUGUGACUCUGACCUGCAGCAGCAAUGCCAACCCACCAGUGGGGAGCUACACCUGGUACAGAGUCAAUCAAGAACAGGUCACAGAAGUGGGAUCUAGCAGAAUGCUAACUAUCAAGGUACCCGCAGACAACAGCCAGUUCUACUGUGAGACCAGAAAUCGUCUUGGAUCCCAGAACUCAUCUGUCACUCAACUAGAUGGGAUGUAUCCUGCCAAGAACACCUCAUUGUCGGUCAGUCCCUCUGGUUCAGUGGUAGAGGGCAGCUCUGUGACUCUGACCUGCAGCAGCAAUGCCAACCCAGCAGUGAAGACCUACACCUGGUACAGAGUCAAUGGGAGGGAGGGAGUCAUUGUAGGAUCUGGACAGAGCUUCACCUUCAAUAAGAUUGCUAUCAACGAUAGUGGGCGGUACUAUUGCGAAGCAGAGAACAAGCAUGGGGUGGACAACUCAACAACUACUAACAUAGAUGUGACAUUUGCCCCAAAGAUUCUGCCCUCCUCUCGCUGCAUCAGAACUGCUGAUCAGAUCAACUGUACCUGUGAGAGUCAUGGGAACCCCUCUCCCAAACUGGAGUGGCGAUUGGCUGGACAGCCUGUCAAUCACCUUACUAACACUGUCGUCAGAGAGUCAAUGGGCAGCACAUGCCUGAGAAGCUCCCUUACCACCCACCAAUCACAGGAGGAGGACACGCCCACUCUGGUCUGCCUCAGCACCAACUCCAUAGGAUCUUCCAGCCUCCAGUUCUGUAUUCAAUGCCUGGGGAAUCACCAGGGGCUGGGCAAAAGCGUUGAAAUUCUUGAGGGUCAAGUUUCCUUGCCAAUCUUCAUCACUGCAAUAUUUGUUUCGGCAUUAAUGACAGCACUGAUAUGUGGUUUACUGUAUCUCCGAAGGGUUUGGUGUCCUUGUUUUACGGUACUCAGAGGUCAUUACAAAUAUUACGACAGUGAUGUGGGGAUGAACCUAGUUCCGACCAGUGGUGAGAGGACACAGGAUCCUCCUGCGCCAGAAGAAGACAUAUACGCCAACAGCAUGAUACCGAGUCAGGCCAGGAGACAGGGACACAAACAAGACCUAGAGGCCCCUAAUCCGGGUCCCAAACCCCUGCCUUCCUCCAAAGCUAUCUCUGAGACAGACCGAACCAGCCUGCCCAAUCUUAUCGCUGACACUGCUACAAAUCCAGGAGGAGGCACUGCAAAGAAGGAGGGGGAAGAGGUGUUUUAUUCCAGUGUGAUUUGGAAGAAGAAGAAGUGGAUGAAGAAGAAGAAUGAGGGGUCCGUGGACGGGGGAAGGGAGGCGUCUAGCGGUUCCUACCUGGAGGAAGAAAGGUGUGUGCUGGGAAAUGUAGGCAGACACAGAAUAAGUAAGGUACUGGAGAUGGAUCACCUGCAGUUUCUCUAGUUUUUCAUGAAUAUAAUGUAGGUCUAUUGUACUUUCACAGAGAUAUAUUGCUCUUAAUGAAAGUAUAAUGCUGUCUUUUUCACCACAAAACAAAUAAAAACAUGAAAUGUC